CACGACCAUUGGAAUAGUGUCUAGUCUCAGGUUACUCCUCAGUUGAAACAAUUUGAUUUGAGGUGAAGAGCCUCGUUCGGCUAUAAAUUCGGUUUUGGCAUCACAUGUAUCUUUAGAGUUAAACCCGUAUUCAGGAUAGAACGUCGUACUAUUAUAUUCUAGUGACAAAUAACAAGUGAUCAAGAAUCAAGUGAAUAAAGUGACUAUAAACAAUUGUUUCAAAAAGUGCCCCAACCCAAAAUGCCGGCCAUCCACAACCAAAUGGCGCCAAUUCGGCACGUUUUGGAUAUGACCAAGCAGGAAAAAAGGAAAUUCAUAGAAUCGUUCGAUACCAUCAUGUCGGACUGUGACGGUGUUGUGUGGGAUUUUAUCGGCCCCAUUCCUGGCGUAGACGAAGCCCUGCCCCUGUUGAAGAAAAAAGGCAAGAAGCUCGCUUUCAUCUCCAACAAUGGAAUGCGCACCAUGGAGGAGUACAAGCAGAAGUUUCUCAAACUGGGGAUCCCAUCCCAUGAGCUGGAUAUAGUGCAUCCGGCUCUGACCACAGUUCGAUACCUGAAGGCGAUCAACAUGACGGACGCUGUCUAUUGCAUCGCCACGGAGGUGUUCAAAGAUUAUCUUCGAAACGAACAUUACACGGUCAUCGAUGGGCCUGACGAUCGAUUCCCCGACGAAAGAGCGGCCGACUCGGUUCGCGUGUUCACGGAUUUCUUCACGGACUCGACCAGCCCCCGGGUAGGCGCGGUCGUUAUGGACAUCGACGUCAACAUUUCGCUGGCCCAUUUGAUGAAGGCCAAGUGCUACCUGGAACGCAACCCGCACUGUCUGCUGAUCGUGGGCGCCACGGACAAAAUCGUUCCCCUGGGCGACCGGAUGGACGUCAUCGGGCCGGGAUACUUCAUCGACAUCCUGGAGCGUGCCACGGGUCAUGAAGCUUUGGUGCUCGGCAAACCAGGCCAAGCGUUGGCCGACUUUGUUCUGGAGCAGUUCAAGGUGAGCCGACCGAAGCGCGUACUAUUUAUCGGCGACAUGCUGCCGCAGGACAUGGGCUUCGGGUCGCGGUGCGGUUUCCAGAAGCUCCUGAUGCUCAGCGGAGGCACCACGCUGGAUAUGCUACGGGCACAUCAGGAGCCUGGAGAGCUGCCGGACUUUUAUAUGGACAGCUUUGCAGAUUUUCUCCAGCUGUUCAAAGAUGUGCAAUAGUGAUAACAAACCAUAGAGUUAGAUUGAUUUUUCUCCUGGAUGCAGCUGGUUUGCGAUUACACUUCUCAGGAGUGUUAGUGCAUGUCGCUAGAUGUGUGUGUUACUGUGUAACUUUUGGCAUAGAUAAUGCAUUUUUUCAUAUUUUUAUACAACUAUGUGAUAUUUUUAAAUAAAGUGUGAUAUGACUGUGUGUUUUAUUUAUAAUCAAA